AUGCAGCCCACAGCUAUGAGGCGAAGGCACUCCUGCGCCUACCUCACCGCCGGCUUGCUGAUGGUGUGUGGCUGGUCCUGCUCCGGAUUCCUAGCUCCAGCUGUACCAAGAGAUCUGAAAAGACCUGGCGUCAGAGCGCUUGAUAGUUCUAGCGUGCCUGCAACCAGACCUGUUGGAGCAGUCCCCAUGCUUGUGUGCGUGCUCACGAGCGCAAGUCUGGUGGCAGCGGCCCAAACUCACAGAGUUACCAGGACGCCCUGUCUGGCGAAGAAGAAGAAGGGUGGCGGCGGCGGCGGCGGUGGUGGCGGUGGCGGCCAAGCCGAGGAAGGCGAUUCCGAGAUCGACACUGAGGCGGUUGUUGCGGAGUUCGAGGACAAGAUGAAGAAGUCCGUCGAAUUAUUUGAGGACAAUCUCAGGACCAUCAGGGCCGGCAAGGCUACCCCCACCUUGCUGGACGCUGUCAAGGUUAAUGCAUAUGAGUCCGUUAUGAAGAUCGAAGAAGUUGCGACUGUCACAGCUGCCGACAGCACGACCUUGAUGGUGAAUGUUUUCGAUGAGACUGUGGUCAGUGCAGUUGUGAAGGCAAUUCAGACUGCAGACCUGGGCUUCACCGCGGCAGAGAUGGGCCAGUCAGUUAAGGUCAGCAUCCCUCCGCUGACCAAAGACAAGCGGGCACAGUAUGUGAAGCUGGCGAAGGAUUACGCCGAGAAGUCCAAGGUGGCAGUCCGGAACGUCCGGCAGCAGGCGAUGAAAAAGAUUAAGAGCUAUAACAAAAAGCUUCCAGAGGACACGGUGCGUGCGAUGGAGAAGGACAUUGAGGCAACAGUGAAGAAGAGUGUUGGCGACAUUGUCGCAGCGGUGCUUGCGUUUGAAGCAGAUCUCUCCCAUCACCCGGUGUCGGACUUCGAGGAGCUGAUGCUACCUUUGGUGGGACCGGAGCUCUGGCGUCUCGAGGUUGCAAAUGCUCGUCGAGCACGUGCCUGGGUCCGAGGCUGGGUCGAGUUCAACUACUGCCGAGGAGCCAACCAGAACGGUGCCGCCAUGAAGAAGGUCGGUCUGAAGACUCCCGUUGAGGUACGUCAGUCGCCGUUGGGUUCCUGCAUCAAGUUUAUGCCGCCGGGGAGUCGCCAGCCUGGGGCUGGUUUCGAGGGUCUGCUGGAAGGAGGACUUGAGAUCCUCGUAGAUGAUGCGACCGGCAAGAGGCCAGCUCGGAUCAGAGUGCGACGUUGUGCCUAUGGCUGGAGAAAGAAGCCAAGGGAGAGUUCGGAGCGCGCCAUCCUUUCACGUCUGCGCAAAGACUGGGAGUUGUCUGAGAAGCUUCGCUCAGCCUCAUGA